AUGGGCAAAAAGAAGUCAAGAGGCGAUUACAACGACUUUCUAGACGGCGAGAAACUGCGCGACAACACCGAAAUCAGAACGACGUUGCAAGGGUUUGCAGCCCGAGAUAUCUCACCAUCGUUAGGGCAACAAAAACAGACAGACGCCAAGAAGCAAGGCAAAGGUGGAGUGAAGAAGCCACAGCUCACACACUUCCUGUGUCUACCCCUAGUUACCGAUACGAGCAGACCCAAACUGCAGCAAGGACUGGAGAGGUUCAAAGAAGAGCUAGUAAAGGAUGGUCCAGUGCCUACCAAAGCCGUCCGACCAGUCGGCACACUGCAUCUCACGCUUGGAGUGAUGAGUCUCUCUCCCUCAAACCUAGAAGAAGCGAAGCAAUACCUGCAAGACUUGGACCUACACAUACUCCUCCGCGACAUCACUCAUCGACGCGUUGCAGAAAAGGCCGCUGAAAGUGGCGAGAUAGCAGAAAAUCUCAACGCCGCAGCCAUGCCCGACACAGACGCUUUGACAAUCAAUCUAGAAUCAUUGAUUCCUAUGCAAGCACCACAUAAAACAAGCAUCCUGUAUGCGGAACCCCAAGACCCAUCACAACGCUUACAGCCUUUCGCCGCAGCGUUGCGAGACCAAUUCACAAAAAAGGGGUUACUACUGGAGGAUAGCAGACCCCUAAAACUGCAUGCAACAAUCAUGAACACAAUCUACGCGAAGCCGAAGCGUGGGAGGGGACGAUCCAAGGGCAGCAAACUUAAAGAUGGUUUGAAGCACAUGGAACACAAAGUAUCGCCUCACCACCACGCAGACGGAGAAGACGUUCAUGUCGCCCACGUCAGUAACGACAACGACAACCCAGCAGACGAAGCCACAUCAGCAGCAGGCUCUGCGGAUGGCAACGACGCAACCGCUCCUGCCGACCUCUCAACAGCAGAAUCACCGCAUUCAACCGGUGAGGGCCAUGGUCCAGAUGGCAAGAGUUGGAUGCGCUUCGAUGCUAGGAAUUUGAUUGAGAAGUACAAGGGGUUUGUUUGGGCGGAGGGGGUUAGAGUAGAUAGGGUUUGUAUAUGUAAGAUGGGUGCGAAGAAGAUUUGGAGUGGAGGGUUGGAAGGGGAGGGGGAAGUGGUGGAUGAACGGUAUGAGGUUGUUUGUGAGAAGGAGAUAUUCUAG